AGAAGAAGAAAGGACGCUAGAUAACCGGAAGCGCGUGGAGGUCGCCGCGGACUGCUCCAUCAUGUCUGCCGUUUAUACCACCGUCCUGCUGUGUGUCUACGGCUUCUUCUCCAGCCUGCGGCCGUCGGAACCUUUCCUCACCGCCUACCUGAUGGGAGCGGACAGGAACCUGACGGAGAGCCAGGUUGUGAAUGAAAUCUACCCGGUGUGGACGUACUCCUACCUCGCUCUGCUCCUCCCGGUCUUCCUGCUCACAGACUUCCUGCGCUAUAAGCCUGUUCUGGUGCUGCAGGCCUGCAGCCUGGUGCUGACCUACCUGCUGCUGUGGAAGGCCCGGGGCCUGGCCGCCAUGCAGCUGCUGGAGUUCUUCUUCGGCCUGGCCACGGCGUCCGAGGUGGCCUACUACUCCUACAUCUACAGCGUGGUGGAGCCAUCGCUCUACCAGAGGGCGACGGCCUACUGCCGCAGCGCCACGCUGUUCGGCUCGGCCGCCGGCUCGCUGCUCGGUCAGCUCCUGCUGUCGCUGGCCGAAGUGGAGCUGGUGCACCUGGUCAUCCUCACGCUGGCGUCGGCCGCCAUGGCCGCCGCGGCGCCCUGGUUCCUCCCCAUGCCCAAGAGGAGCCUGUUUUUCCACCAGAGUCCAGCAGCGCAGGAGGAGCGACCGGCCGGCUGCAGCUCGGAGAAGGUGGAUGACUCGGAGAGCAGCGUGUCCAUGAUGUCCAGGUCGUCUGAGCCGCCAGGGGGCGGCGGCGGGCCGCUGCAGGUUUUACGGACGCUCCUCCACGACUUGGUGCAGUGCUACAGGUGUCCCACCCUGCUGGCCUGGUCGGUGUGGUGGGCUCUGGCCACGUGCGGCUACUUCCAGAUCAUCAACUACGCCCAGGCGCUGUGGGAGGACGUCCGUCUGUCCCACCAAUACCAGAUCUACAACGGCUACGUGGAGACGCUGUCCACGCUGCUCGGCGCCCUGGCUGCGCUGCUGGUGGGCUGCCUCCCCGUGUCCUGGGCCCGCUGGGGGGAACUGCUCCUCUGGAUCCUCUCCCUGCUCAUGGCCGCCUGCGUGUUCGUCAUGACGCUGCCGGAUAAAAACAUCUGGGUGUGCUACAGCUCCUACGUGGUCUUCAGAGCCGUCUACAUGCUUCUCAUCACCGUGGCAACCUACCAGAUAGCAGCCAGCCUCAGCAUGCAGAGAUACGCUCUGGUGUUUGGAGUCAACACCUUCGGGGCUCUGCUGCUCUGGACUCUGAUCACCGUGAUUGUGGUGGACUCUGCCGGGCUGGGCCUGGACGUCUUCACGCAGUUCCUCAUCUACGGAGGCUACUUUACUGUUAUAUCUGUCAUCUUCCUGCUGGCCGGGCUCUACAGAGUGUUCUCCUCCAGGCGCUCCAAGCUGGACCUGACGGAGGUCCACGGAGAGUCUGAUGCACCGCUGAAUGGCGGCGUUACAGUCACUGAUUCAUCUUGAGAAGGGGAAGUUGCAUCACUUUCCUUGGAGCAAACUGAAUAGGCGCCUCUACUGGUGUCAGCGUGUGCUGUUCCCCAGAUCUACUUUUCAUCUUUAUUGACUCUACUUUAUAUUUCUAGUUGGGCUGGGCAGUUAAUUGCAUUUGCAAUAUAAUUGCAAUUUAAGAAAUCGCAAUUUUAAAAUCGCAAUUUUGGUCAAGUUAUAUGUAACAAGACUAAUAACCACAUAUUUUUUCCUCGCUCCAGCACUUUGUGGUGCUCAAAUGUUUAUAGUAGAUUUGCUGCCUCAAAAAAGCAAAGAGAAACUUCUAGCUAGCACUCUGAUCUAUGCUAGCACGUAGAAGUUAGCACUUUUCCAAACAGAAGUCACAAUAAAGUUCCGCAACAACAGACUUUAGACAAGCAAGCUUUAAAGGUCAUUAAAAAUUAAAACCCUGGUGUGAAACAUCUACACACUCUUGAUGAGUGCAAAGGAAUAUCGACAAAAACAAAAAACAAAAACACAUUGGUUGAAAAUAAUCGCAAUUUUGGUUUUUUGGCAAAAUUGUUCAGCCCUAAUUUCUAGUAAGUCUGAGUCACACAGACCUAAAAAGACCCGCUGCCAUCUUCAUUUGAAAAUAUGCAGAUAUUUGUUUUUGGCCACUUUGGUUAAAAA